AUGGACGACCUGGAUCCAGCACCUCUGAACGAGACUGCUGGUGGAGUCGGCCUCCAGGUACACGGAAACGGCUCCUCUUGUGUCAAUGAACUGUGCGUCUCGGAGGCCGAGUAUCUGGACCUUCUGGAAGAGUACAUCUUUCCUUCCUCAUACGAGUGGGGCCUUAUCGGCCUUCACGUGGCCGUCUUCGUGGUAGGGCUGGUCGGCAACUGCCUGGUGUGCGUCGCCGUCUACCGCAACCAGACCAUGCGCACGGUGACGAACUACUUCAUCGUGAACCUGGCCGUCGCCGAUUUUCUCGUGAUCUUGGUCUGCCUACCACCGACGGUGCUCUGGGACGUGACAGAGACGUGGUUCUUCGGGGCUGCUCUCUGCAAGAUUGUCCUUUACCUUCAGUGCGUGUCGGUGUCUGUAUCGGUGCUGACGCUCACCUUCAUAUCCCUGGACCGGUGGCGCGCCAUCUGCCGACCGCUCCGCUCUCAAGGAUCCACUGGACCACGCGUUGCCAUUGGUUGCAUCUGGAUUGUGUCGUGUCUGGUCAUGUUGCCCGAGCUCGUUGUUCUGGACACUCGCCGUGGUCCAGUCGUAGGUGCUCUGUACCUGACGGACUGCGCCUACACGUGGCCCGCGGGUUACACGUCCGUGUACCAGCUGUGCCUGGUGGUGUUCCUGUACGUAGUGCCAUGCCUGCUCAUGUCCGCCGCCUACUACCAGAUGGCGCGCGUGCUGUGGCGCAUGCCUGCGCUGCACGAAACCGGCUCGCUCACGGGCACACAGCCACCGCCGCAGACGCUGGCACGACGCAAAGCGGCCAAGAUGCUCAUCGCCGUAGUCAGCCUGUUCGGACUCUGCUAUUUGCCCGUGCACACGCUCAAUCUGCUCAGGUACACGACAGAUCUUCCUCAGACGCCUCUCAUGAGCGUCGCCUCCCUACUCUCCCACUGGCUCUGCUACUUCAACUCGGCAAUCAACCCGAUCGUCUACAAUUUCAUGAGUGGCAAAUUUCGCAAGGAGUACAACAAAUCAUUUCGCUGGCUGCUCAAGCGGGUCCUGCUGUGCGGGAUCGGCCGGCGCAAGUCGAGUGCCGAUGCGUCCGAGCUAUAGCAUACAGCUGGCCGGCUUCGAGUGAGUUCGAGGCUAGCCA